AUGGAGCUGAAGAGGGGAAAGACCUUCAUCAAGUCCAGCCUGCAGAUUUCCCGUGAGAAGGCCCCAGAGCCGGCAGCCACUGCUCUGGCCAGGGAGGACAUAGAGCCCUGGCCAGUCCCGCCGGGAGGGGAGCCGAGACCCCUCGGUGAGCCAGGCCCCCAGGCCUGUCCCAGCCCCCAGGGAUUCGAUGGAUGCCCCAACAAGGGGACACAGCCCGGCCCUGAUGGGGGCCCAGCGGCCCUCCGCGGGGCCGCCCUCAAGCCUGUGCGGAAGAGUAGGACACACGACAGCGUGCCGGGGGCUGGCCGGGCGGCGGCCGCCACGGGGCGGCUGGCGGGCAGCGCAAGCUUCCCGGGGUCCCCAGGCGGCCAGCGCCUGAUCGACUGCCGCCACUUGGUGCCCCAGGUGCCCUUCGUGCCGGCCGUGGCCAAGAGCAUCCCAAGGAAGAGGAUUUCUCUGAAACGGCCAAAGAAGUGCUUUCGGAACCUAUUCCACCUCCGCAGAAACAAGACCGAGAGCCUGACCUCGCUGGCGGCAAAGGGGAGGCGCCUGUCCCCCCCUGGGGGCCCGCCGGACGCAGAAGGGCAGCAGGGCAACGCCUUCCUGUCCCUGGGGGCGGAGCCAGGGCCCGACGGCCUGGGCCAGGACCUGUCCGACAGCGAGCUCCUGGCCGACUCGUCCUUCGACCUCUGCCGGGCCCUGUGUGAGGACGUGGCCUCGCUCCAGAGCUUCGACUCGCUCACGGGCUGCGGGGAGAUCUUUGCGGACGAGAGCUCGCUGCCGGCCCUGGAGCUCAGCGAAGGCCUGGAGAGCCCCGCCAGGGUGCCCCCGGCCCCGGAGAGCAAAGGGCCCCGGGGCCCCUCCCAGGGCAGCGUGGAGCAGCUGGCGUCUCCUGCUCAGAACGCGGCGUCUGACCUCACGCGCUUCUGGGACGACGUGAACCGCUCGGUGAGGCAGCAGCAGCGGGCCCUACUGGGCCCGUGGCUCUCAGGCCCACAGGGGACGGACACGGACCAGCCCCGGCUGGACACGGCCGGGCUGGCCGAGCUGCCUCUGUACCCCUCCAGGGCCCCCCGCGGUGGCUCCAAAGCCAGCUCCGUCGACACGGGCACGCCCAAGAGCGAGCAGCCGGAGUCCGUGUCCACGAGCGACGAGGGCUACUACGACUCCCUCUCCCCUGGCCUGGAGGAGGACAGGAAGGAGGCUGCCGGCCCAGGCAGGCCGGCGGCCGCUUGUCCCCAGGACAGCUACAGUGGGGACGCCCUCUACGAGCUCUUCCAUGACCCCAGCGAGGGCCCCGCUGGCCCAAACCCGGAGGACGACCUGUGCGUGUCGGAGAGCCUCUCGGGGCCUGCCCUGGGGAUGCCGCUGUCCAUGUGCAGCUUCCACGUGGGGGCCGAGGAGAACCUGGCCCCGGCGCCGGGCCCCGACCUGCUCAGCCAGGGCUUCCUGCAGAGCUCCUGGAAAGGCAAGGAGUGCCUGCUGAAGCUCUGUGACACCGAGCUGGCCAUCACCAUGGGCGUCAUCAGCUGGCUCCGCCGAGGCCCUGCGGGCGCCGUGGUGCACUCCACGCCCAGCAGGCAGGAGCUGUGGGCCCACCCGGGCUCCCGAGGCCCGCUUCCCGGAGAGAAUGUGGUCCCAGGGGGGCCCUCACAGGAGACCGGCGCUCCCCCCGGGGGCCCGUCUCCCGAGGAAGGCCUGUUCUCCUCGGUGUGGUCUGCAGCUUCUGUGAUGACAGACACGUCAGGCAAAAACAGGGCGCCCAGCCCCUCGGCCUGGCCCAGCGCCCAAAAGGAGCCCAGCUUACCUGGGAGCCCGGGGUGUUUCCGAGGCCCCUGGAAACACAGGGGUGGCACUCUGGACGCAGAGCCUGCCAUCAUGGACGGCGUGGCCCGGGUGGCGGCCUUGCAGCUCUGCCCGGACAGCCGGUUCGCAGCUGCCCGGGCUCUGAGGAAGGACACGGGCGGUGGGCCCUUCGGGCAGCCUCAGGCCAGGGGCCCUGAAGUUCUGCCGCAGACGCAGCCCAGCAGCUCCCCUCGCACCGCUGCCCGUGGCCUGCCCUCCCUGGCCAGCCCGCCGGACCAGAGGUGGCGCGACCCCGGCCAGGACCUGGGCCGGCGGAGGGCGGGUUCCACCAGAACGGGCGUCCCGGACUGUGUUCUCACGGAGGCCCAGCCCCUCCUGCAGCUCAGCACAGGUGGUGUGGGGCAGGUAGCAGGAGGCAGAGAGCUGGACUCCAAGCCACCCCUGGGUCCUGCUGCCGGUUGGAGCCCCCAGGGCAGUCCCCCAGAAGCCCCGGGCCUCACCCCAGGCAGCCAGCAGGAGGGAAAGCCCUCCACAAAUGCCCCGGAAUGCCGCUGCAAGCUCCUGGCUCACGGGGGCCUCCGUUGUGGCCGGCCAGACUUGGGGACCCGCAGGCCAGCCAUGGCCGAGCCCCACCCGUAG